AUGGGCGGCGGCGAAUCAUAUAGGCCAUUAGGCAGUCGACCACGAUCCCCUCCUAGGGCUGACACUUAUCGAACCGAUCGAGACAGAGGAAGAACUCCACCUGCAAGCGAUAGCUGGCAUCCAAAUAGAGAUCGAUCUCGAUCUCAAAGGCGAAGGUCUAGAACUCCACCUCGUCGAGAUCGUUCGCCGCCUCGAGAAAAUUGGCGAUCAAGAGGAAGAUCCCCCCCUCGUGCAAGAAGCCCUCCCCGAAGAUUCUCUCCCAGAAGGGAUGAUGAUCGUAGACCAAGAUCGCCACUGAGAGCUCGAUCACCACCAAGACGAGACGAACGAAGAAGAUCUAGGUCACCAUUCGACCGCGACCGUGCACCACCUCGCCAUAGGUCACCGCUUCCUUCCCGAAGGUCGCCGCCUCCUGGUCCUCGAGGAUAUCGCCCCCGUUCUCGAAGCAUGGACCGUCGAAAUGAUCGUGUCCCUACAGGCCCAAGCUCUUCAACCUGGAGACGUCGAUCUCCUUCGCCUCCCCGUGAAUCUGGACGAUCAUCUGGUAGGAUUUCCACUAGUACUUCUGGACGCUCUUCACCUCAUAUUCAUCCCGACCGAUUGUCUCUUGCGCAAGCAGCGCCCCGUGAUCCAAGAGCCCGCUCGCCUCCGCGAGCUCGAUCUCCCCCAAGCCGGGCCCGAUCUCCUCCGAGCCAACGUGCUCGAUCUCCACCAAUCCAACUCGCCUAUAGGGAGCGCGACUCUGCAAGAUCUACCCCUCGCGAACGCUCCCCAGUUCGAGCUGCUGCUCCAAGAUCCCCACCACGCGGACCUGCAGGAUUCAGGGCACCUACCGGGCCAAGUGGCGGACGAAACUUCACUGCUCCUGCUCGGUCACCAAGCGCAUCUAUUUCUAUGUCCGCUCACAACAGGCCGGAGAAUCCCUCUCCGGUUGUUCCUCCCUCUGGGCCUCGUGGGUUUGUCCCCUCUUCUCGGGGUGGUUUCAUGAGAGGCGGCAGAGGUUCAUUUGGAAGUGAUCGUAUAGGCCGUCCAGAUCCUGGAUCAUGGGCCCCGACCCGCACUAUCCCAGAAGCAUCUCCGCGUGGCAGUACACCCUCAGGCCGUCCCACGCCAACAUUGUCUCCACCAAUACCCUCUGGACCAUCCGCUUCAGCAAUCCCUACUGGACCAUCUGGAGGAAUUCCUACUGGCCCGCGAGCUGGAGUCCCCACGCGACCACCCAUCCAACACUCCUCCAGCGGCUAUGGCUCUCGUACUGCACAGUCAAACGCCUCUUCUGGGCCACGUCCUCAUCCUGCAAUGGCUAAUAUUCCACAAAUUAUCUCCGGUGGUCGAAUUGACCCUGCUGCAUCUGGUAUUUCAAAUGACAUUGCUGCACGACUUAAGAAGAAGGAAGAGGAAGCUGAGCAACUACGAGAAGAGUUGAAUGCCAAGCAAGAGAAAUUGAGGCAGAGUUUGAAGGGAUGGGAUAGGUUAAGCCGGGAUAGUGCUUCGAUGGGAUUGAAGAGCGAAUUGAGUGAGAGGCAUGUGAGGAUGUUAGCGGGGGAGGGUGUCGGUGGUGCUGCUUUUUAA